AUGAAAUAAAAUAUAAACUGAUAUCAAGUUGCGUUGUGAAAAGUGUCAUUUCUUAAACUUUCAUUAUUCUUCACUUCAAACACUCCAGACACUCUUACAAAAGUUCAGCAAGGGCAGUUAACAGAUCAAACUCGAAGACGCUUCAUUCAAGCGAAGAAAGUCGAGAGAUUCAAACGUAGAUUUCGAGCAAUCCCAUUCUCCCACCUCAUACAAAGUGAUCGUGAGUUCUUAGAAGAAUGGCCCAGGAAGCUCAAGACAUGCCCACCUUCAAGUGCGUGCUGGUCGGGGAUGGCGGCACUGGGAAGACCACCUUUGUCAAGCGCCACAUGACGGGCGAAUUCGAGAAGAGAUACGUGGCCACCCUGGGCGUGGAGGUGCAUCCCCUGAUCUUCCACACCAACCGCGGGGCCAUCCGAUUCAAUGUGUGGGACACCGCUGGCCAGGAGAAGUUCGGGGGCCUCCGAGACGGCUACUACAUCCAGGGCGAGUGCGCCCUCAUCCUGUUCGACGUCACCUCGCGCGUCACCUACAAAAACGUGCCCAACUGGCACCGCGACCUGGUCCGCAUCUGCGAGACGAUUCCGAUCGUUCUGUGCGGGAACAAAGUGGACGUCAAGGACCGCAAGGUGAAGGCGAAGAACGUGGUCUUCCACCGCAAAAAGAACCUGCAGUACUACGACAUCUCAGCCAAGUCGAACUACAACUUCGAGAAGCCCUUCCUCUGGCUGGCGCGCAAGCUGGUCGGUGAUCCCAACCUGGCGUUCGUCGCCAUGCCAGCCCUGCUGCCGCCCGAGGUCAAGAUGGACAGGGAGUGGCAGGCGCAGAUCGAGCGGGAUCUGCAGGAGGCCCAGGCGACGGCCCUGCCCGACGAGGACGAGGAUCUGUAGGCCCAUUUAUACAUGGUUCUCUGGGAGAUGUGGCAGAAUUUCACACACACAACUCACAUCACACACCUUAAUCUUAAUCAAUUAAAUUAAAUUGUUGUAUUCUGGCCGCGAAUUCUUACGCACUUCAAACUUUAAUGUAAAAUAAAAAAUAGUUUGACAAUUU